GCGGCAAAAGGAUUGUGGGAACUUGCCCUGCAAGAUGCGAACGAGUAUGCAUUGGUAUCCUUCUUGUAUUGGUCAGUUCUCUACAAUAGCUGCGUAGGCGGUGAAAAUGGAUCCCUCCAGCCCUUGGGGCUACGAGGCCAAGCAUGUGGCACUUCAUGGAGCGAGGCAGUAUGACGAAGCGAUCGAUGCUUUCAAUUCAAUGCUACAAGUGAUCGAACAGUCGCAUGAUCCUGCAGUCAAGCAACUGCGCAACAACUAUGUUUCUCCAUCCGAGACGAUCGCAGCUAUCGAUUUCAUCGUUGACGAUAUCCUCAAAAAAUGUCCCCUCGUCGUUAUUAACGUUACUACUGGUUACCUUUACGAUAAGACUGAGCGGAAGCAUAGCUUCAAGGUUGAUCCGAGGUUCAAAAAACUUGUUUCAUCCAUGACGACAAAAGUGGACAAGGGGCAGAUCCGACCGGAGGUUGAAAGUUUCUUCGGAUACGUCAUGUUCUCGCAUGUAUGGAAUUACCCCGAGGGCCCGGGGAAGGAGCCGUUAUUCAAGGACGUCAACGCAGUCAAAUCCGUGUGGAACCUUUCGGACGAGCCCCUGAAUAACAAAUUGCGUAAUUUCUGCGAGGAAACACGCAGACUUGGUUGCAGCUGGGCAUGGUCAGAUACCUGUUGUAUCGACAAGACCAAUACCUUCAUUCUCAAUCAAUCUCUUAAAUCAAUGUACAGCUGGUAUGCGAAUUCGGCAGCCACACUCGUAUUCCUCGCCGACAUUGCGCAUCCGUCCAAGCGGGGGGACCUUACGCGCGGUCGAUGGAUGACACGAGCAUGGACUUUGCAAGAGCUUCUCUCACCGAAGAUCAUCCUUUUUUAUGAUUCCGAGUGGAAACGAUACCUCGGCAAUAAUGUCCCGAACCACAAGGACUCUCCGGAAAUCAAGCAAGAACUAGCAGUUGCUAUCGGGAUUCCGCAGAAAACUAUCAUCGCGUUCUCUCCAGAAAAUCUCGGGGUGCGCGAAAAACUUUGUCUCGCUUCGACGCGCAAUGCGACGGUCGAGGAAGAUAUCGCGUAUUCUCUUAUCGGCAUAUUCCAGUCCGAUAUCAUACCACAGUAUGGCGAAGGAGCCGACGCUCUUGGCCAUCUCUUGGAGGGGAUUGUAGACCGUACCCGCGAGGUAACUGUGCUCGCAUGGUCUGGGAAGUCAUCGUCAUACUACAGUUGUCUGCCAGCUUCCAUUUCCGUUUACGAGCAGACCCUUUCCAACCUUCCGUCACUCGACGGGGAAGAACUGGAAACACGAAUCGGGGAAUUAGACGUCAAGUUGCCCCGGGAAAGAACUCUGGAAAUCUAUAAUCGCAUCAAGGGCCGGCCCAAGUUUACGAACCGACGUCUAGAGCUUCCAUGCGUCGUCUUCCCUGUGGAAAGUCUCGAGAUGCCAUGCGAAGGGGAGGACUCAUAUUGUGCAAAGGUAUCAGGAAUUGGAAAGGUGGCGUUCACGGCCGCAGACGAUCUUUCGGUGGACAAUCCACAGAAAUACGUCUUCGUGCAUCCGUGGAUUCGUCAACUCCGAGGUCCGAGUAGUGGGGUUGCCUGGCGACAUUCCUCGGACAUUGAUAACUAUCGCCGGGCACUAAAGAUGAUUGCCCGCCUCGGUCAGCAGUUCAACGGGUGGCUUCUCGUACGAGUCGAAGAGUAUGAAGAGCACAAGAGAGUCGCUACAGACUGCGAGAUUGUGCUCCCGGGGCUAGGAACCGACAUUCCCAAGGACAUGCAAGGGAAAGUCUUAAUAAUCCAGUGACGUGCGUGGGGGGUUUGGGCUCAGUUUGGUCGGCCUGCCUUUCGUCCUUUAUCGAUUGUUUUCCUUGCCGUUGCUUGAAUGCUUAUGUAAUACCUGCGACAGAGUUGGAGGAAUGUUUCAUACACAUAUUCCAUAGCCCUUAGACGACGACAGUCUCAAUGACUUCUCCUUCCAUGUAUUGCU